AUGGAGGAAUCAAAAGCACCUCACGUUGCGAUCAUACCGAGUCCAGGAAUGGGUCACCUCAUCCCACUCGUCGAGUUCGCUAAACAACUCGUUCACCGUCACGGCUUCACCGUAACGUUCGUAAACGUCGGUGAAGGUCCACCGUCAAAGGCUCAAAGAACCGUCCUUGGCUCUCUCCCUUCUUCAAUCUCCUCCGUCUUUCUCCCUCCCGCCGAUCUCACCGAUCUCCCAUCAACGGCUCGCAUCGAAACUCGGAUCUCACUCACCGUGACUCGUUCGAACCCGGAGCUCCGCCGAGUCUUUGACUCGUUCGCGGCGGAAGGUCGGUUGCCGGCGGCGCUUGUCGUCGAUCUUUUCGGUACGGACGCUUUCGACGUCGCCGUGGAGUUCCACGUGUCACCGUAUAUUUUCUACCCGUCAACUGCCAACGUCUUGUCGUUUUUUCUUCAUUUGCCUAAACUACACGAAACGGUGCCGUGUGAGUUUCGAGAUCUAACCGAACCGGUUAAACUCCCAGGAUGUGUACCGCUCUCGGGAAAAGAUGUUCUUGACCCGGCUCAAGACCGGAAAGAUGACGCAUACAAAUGGCUUCUACACAACACCAAGAGGUACAAGGAAGCCGAAGGGAUUCUUGUUAAUACCUUCUCCGAGCUAGAGCCAAAUGCUAUAAAGGCUUUGCAAGAACCGGGUGUUGAAAAACCACCGGUUUAUCCGGUUGGACCUUUGGUUAACAUUGGUAAAAAAGAGGAUAACCGGAUCGAAGAGUCUGAUUGUUUAAAGUGGUUAGAUAACCAACCGCUCGGUUCGGUUUUGUAUGUGUCCUUUGGUAGUGGCGGUACACUCACAUGCGACCAGUUCAAUGAGCUAGCUUUUGGUCUUGCAGACAGUGAACAACGGUUUCUUUGGGUCAUAAGGAGCCCGAGUGGGAUCGCUAAUGCUUCGUAUUUUGAUUCGCAUAGCAAAACCGACCCAUUAGCCUUUUUACCACCCGGGUUUUUAGAACGGACCAAAGGCCGAGGUUUUGUGAUUCCUUCUUGGGCUCCACAAGCCCAAGUCUUAUCCCAUCCAUCCACAGGAGGGUUUUUGACUCAUUGUGGAUGGAAUUCGACCUUAGAAAGUAUAGUGAGUGGUGUUCCACUCAUUGCAUGGCCAUUAUUUGCCGAACAAAAGAUGAAUGCGGUUUUGCUGACCGAAGAUAUCAAUGUGGCGCUUAGGGUGCGCUUCGGGGAGGAUGGGUUGGUAAGAAGAGAAGAGGUGGCUAGAGUGGUGAAAGGAUUGAUGGAAGGUGAAGAAGGCAAAGGAGUGAGAAACAAGAUGAAAGAAAUGAAGGAAGGAGCUUCUAAAGUGUUGAAGGAUGAUGGAUCUUCUACAAAGGCACUUAGUCAUGUGGCCUUAAAGUGGAAAGGCCAUCAAAGAGAGUUAGAGCAAAAUGGCAACCACUAA